AUGCAGUCCUCCCCGGGAAUGUUGACCAAGUUUGAGUCCAAGUCUUCGAGAGCGAAGGGCAUUGCCUUUCACCCCAAGAGACCAUGGAUCCUCGUGUCGCUUCACUCCUCCACCAUCCAGCUCUGGGAUUACCGAAUGGGAACUUUGAUUGACCGCUUCGAGGAACACGAUGGUCCUGUCCGUGGCGUCGAUUUCCACAAGACUCAGCCGCUCUUCGUUUCUGGCGGCGACGAUUACAAGAUUAAGGUCUGGUCCUACCAGACCCGCCGGUGUCUCUUCACCCUCAACGGCCAUCUCGACUAUGUCCGCACCGUCUUCUUCCACCACGAGCUCCCCUGGAUUCUGUCCGCCUCCGAUGACCAGACCAUCCGGAUAUGGAACUGGCAGAAUCGCUCGCUGAUCUGCACCAUGACUGGUCACAACCACUAUGCCAUGUGCGCUCAGUUCCACCCCAAGGAGGACCUCGUCGUCUCCGCCUCCCUCGAUCAGUCUGUCCGCGUUUGGGACAUUUCCGGACUGCGAAAGAAGCACUCCGCCCCCACCUCGAUGUCCUUCGAAGACCAGAUGGCGCGCUCCAACCAGAACCAGGCCGACAUGUUCGGAAACACGGAUGCGGUGGUCAAAUUUGUCCUCGAGGGCCACGACCGGGGUGUCAACUGGGUUGCUUUCCACCCUACCAUGCCCCUUAUCGUCUCUGCAGGUGACGACCGUUUGGUGAAGCUGUGGCGGAUGAGCGAGACCAAGGCUUGGGAGGUGGAUACAUGCCGAGGACAUUUCCAGAAUGCCUCCGGCUGUCUGUUCCACCCUCACCAAGACCUGAUCCUUUCCGCCGGCGAGGAUAAGACCAUUCGGGUUUGGGAUCUCAACAAGCGAACCGCUGUUCAGUCUUUCAAGAGAGAGAACGACCGCUUCUGGGUCAUUGCGGCGCACCCCGAGAUCAACCUCUUUGCCGCAGGUCACGAUAAUGGCGUCAUGGUCUUCAAGCUAGAGCGAGAGCGCCCUGCUUCGGCCGUCCACCAAAACAUGCUCUUCUACGUCACCAAGGAGAAGCACGUCAAGUCCUACGAUUUCCAGAAGAACGUUGAGAGUCCUACGCUUCUGUCGCUCAAGAAGCUCGGCAGCGCCUGGGUUGCUCCCCGCACCCUGUCUUACAACCCUGCGGAGCGUUCCGUCUUGGUUACCUCGCCCACCGAUGGUGGCUCGUAUGAGCUCGUCAACCUCCCCAAGGAUGGAUCCGGUGCCAUUGAGCCCACCGAGUCGAAGCGCGGUUCCGGGAACUCUGCCAUCUUCGUUGCUCGCAACCGUUUUGCUGUGCUCAACACCUCUACCCAGACCAUCGACAUCAAGGACCUAUCAAACAACACAACCCGAUCCUUCAAGCCCCCGGCCGGUACCACUGAUAUCUACUUCGGAGGCACUGGCAACCUUAUGAUCAUCGCCCCCACAGCCGUUCAUCUCUACGACAUCCAGCAGAAGAAGAGCACUGCCGAGCUCGCGGUCAGUGGUGUGAAGUAUGUUGUUUGGUCUAACGAUGGUCUUUACGCCGCUUUGCUUAGCAAGCAUAAUGUCACCAUUGUCACCAAGACCCUUGAACAAGUCAGCACUUUGCACGAGACUAUCCGAAUCAAGAGCGCUACUUGGGAUGAUGCUGGUGUUCUACUAUACUCGACUCUCAACCACGUCAAGUACACCCUUCUUAAUGGCGAUAACGGUAUUGUGCGAACCCUCGACCAGACUGUGUAUCUUGUCAGAGUCAAGGGCCGCAAUGUCUACUGCCUCGACCGAGCCGCCAAGCCACGUAUUCUGCAGAUUGACCCUACGGAGUACCGCUUCAAGUUGGCCCUGGUCAAGCGAAACUAUGAGGAGAUGCUCAAAAUUAUCCGAAACUCAAGCUUGGUCGGGCAGUCCAUCAUCUCAUACCUACAGAAGAAGGGCUACCCCGAAAUCGCUCUGCAGUUCGUCCAGGACCCCACUACCCGAUUCGAUCUUGCUAUUGAGUGCGGCAACCUUGACGUGGCUGUUGAGAUGGCCAAGGACUUGGACAAGCCUAAGUUCUGGUCCAGGCUGAGCGCUGAAGCUCUUGCCCAUGGCAACCACCAGGUUGUUGAGAUGUCAUACCAGAAGCUGAAGCAGUUCGACAAGCUGUCCUUCCUGUAUCUUGCCACUGGAGACCACUCUAAGCUGGCUCGAAUGGCCAAGAUCGCCGAGCACCGAGGUGACUUUACCUCGCGCUUCCAGAACGCCUUGUUCCUGGGAGAGGUUGAGGAUCGCAUCCAGAUGUUCAAGGAGAUUGACCUCUACCCUCUUGCCUACAUGACCGCCAAGUCGAAUGGCCUCGAGGAAGAGUGCCAAGCUAUCCUGGAAGCCACUGGCUUGACUGAGGACCAGCUGACUGUACCCACCUUAGGCGCGCCUUUGGCUAUCUCUAAGCCUAUUGUCCCUACCUUCAAGGCCAACUGGCCCACCAAGGCCACCUCUCAAUCUUUCUUCGAGAAGGCUCUUCUUGGCCAGGUCGAAGGUCUGUCCCUGGAGGAUGAGCCUGCUGCCAAUGGAACCGGAUUCGACGAUGUCUUGGAAGAUGACUCAGCCAAACGCAAUGGUGCAUUGAUCGAGGAUGACGAGGAAGAUGUUGCCGGCUGGGACAUGGGUGACGAUGAUGUCCCUGAUGUUGAGAGCGACUUCGUCAACGUCGAGAGCGCCGAUGCGGGUGGUGCUGGCAGCAGUGAGGCCGACCUCUGGGCUCGAAACUCGCCCUUGGCUGUGGAUCACAUCGCUGGUGGCUCCUUUGAGUCUGCUAUGCAGCUCCUGAACCGACAGGUUGGUGCGGUUAACUUUGCACCCCUCAAGUCGCGAUUCCUCGAGGUGUACCAGGCAUCAAGGACAUUCCUCCCUGCAUCCGAGGGCCUACCCCCCCUUGUGAACUAUGUUCGCCGCACCCUCGAUGAGACGGACCCCAGGAAAGUCUUGCCCAUCAUUCCCCGGGAUCUGGAGACGCUUGCAGCCAACGACCUCCAGAAGGGUUACGACUCUAUGAAGGCCAACAAGCUGGACGAUGGUCUGAACAUCUUCAAGGGUAUCCUGCAUGCCAUCCUCAUCAACUCUGUGUCCAGUGAGGACGAGGUUGCCGAGGCCAAGAAGCUCAUUACCUCUGCGAGCGAGUACGCUGUUGCCAUGAACAUCGAGCUGUCUAGGAGAAAGCUGGGAUCCCCCGAUGUUGUAUCAAAGGACCCUGCCAAGCUCCAGAGGAGUCUCGAGUUAUCGGCCUAUUUCACAAUCCCCAAGAUUGAGGUCCCUCAUCGACAACUUGCUCUGCUUAGCGCCAUGCAGCUGGCAAUGCGCAAUAAGAACUACAACUCGGCCCUGAGCUUCGCCAACCGCAUCAUUUCCAACGGAGGAGCCACCAAGAUCGUGGAGAACGCCAAGAAGACCAAGGCGCAGUGCGAGCGCAACCCCAACGACGCCGUGGAGAUCGAGUUCGAUCAGUUCGCUGAGUUCGAUGUGUGCGCGGCCAGCCACACGCCCAUCUACAGCGGGACGGCGUACGAGGAGUGCGCGUUCGACGGGUCCAAGUACCACGCCAAGUACAAGGGCACCGUUUGCCGAGUGUGCGACGUUUGUGAGAUUGGCAAGCAUGGUAGCGGGCUGAAGCUGUUCGCCUAG